AACAAACUAAGAACAGAUAAUCUCUGAUCACUCAAUCUGUAAUCCAAGGAUUUUUUUUUCUUUCCAACCAAAUAGUCUGUAACCUAUCAAACUACAAUUUUAAAUCGCUGUAAAAACCAGGCUGUCAAACGAAUGUAUUACAUGGCAAUUAUGAAAUUUGCUCAAACCUCUUUCCAGGCUAUUUGCAUGCAUGUUAUAUUAAGGUCUGUCGCUCUUGUAUUAAGGGGUUUAACUUGCUGCAUGUUAACAUAUGAUGACCUCAACAAGUCGGUGGUCAUAGACCACUCAUCUGGUCUCUUGUACCCAUAUUAAGUCCUCGAACCCGUCUGGCUCAUACUCUUUUGUCCGGGGUGAGACGACCGCCAUCUGCCGCCUGUGCAUAAGCACACGGCUUAUAAUUACCCGUUGUGGGGGACUCCGCUCAUGGUUAUGACAACCUUAUCGCAAAAUUACGCUUUUGCUCGUUUGAUUGCAGUUAUUUUGCGGGGUUUUUUUAUUUGUAUUUUUGUAUUGUAAAUUCUGAUAAGAUGAUGUUGGUGGUAAAUAUGCGAAUUAAGAUAAAGGUGCCUGAAAAUAUAAGAUGACGUCAAGGUGCCCCGAUAUCGAUGCGUGCCAGAUUGUCCUCUAGUUGGAUACUGACUUUCGGUGUCUUCGACAUGUCCAACAAUAUGUAAGUUUAUGGCAGGUUGCGAGAAGGAUUAUCUCGUCAUCAGAUCUUCUGAAAGAUGCUGCGCAAGGCACAUUUAUUCAACAGCAGAGUGGAUGAUGAGAAUGUGGAUUCUGGAGCCGAGACGGCAGAGUCGGACUACAGUAAACUGUCAUCCAGCUGCGGUGAGCUGAUGGCAGUGCCGUCGCCGGAGCUCCCUCAGGUCACCAUGCACCUGCUGGCCAACCCGGGCGACUCGCUGUUGCUGCAGUAUACCCUGGACCGUCUGCUGAAGUGGGUGUGCCCGGGGCUGCGGCUCUUUCACGUGUCGGAGCGCGCCAGCCCGCUGCGGGGCUACGCCCGCCCCCACCCGUGCCUGUCGGCCGGCUACCCGGCGCUUGCCGUCACCCUCUUCCUGCACGAGGCGUACGGCGAGGAGCGCAUCCUGCGCGUGCUGGACUUCCUGCAGCGCCCGCCCUGGCAGUACCAUCACACAGAGAGUGGCGGAGCUCGCGCUUCGGCCGGCAUACACAUCACCUCCAGCACCGCGCCCAGCAACGCCCUGCUCAGGCCUUACCUGCUGCCCAGCCGCGACUUCUACAGCCUGGGCACGGGGAUGCCAGUGUGGGGGGUGCGGCCGGUGCACAGCGGAGGGGAGGUGGUCCGCCUGACGCUGCACAGCGCCUACGACAACUACGAGGACGCCGUGCGGCUCUACGAGACGGUGCUGGGGCAGCGGGCGGAGGAGCAGAAGGCGGGGUUCUGCUGGUUCACGCUGCCCGGCCCGCUGGAGCUCCAGGACGAGUACCCGUACCCGCUGGGCGUCACCCUGCAGCUGGCGCUGAAGCAGCUGCAGCCGGGCGUGCGCGUCCAGCCCUGUAGCUCCGCCGUGCUCCAGUUCCGCGCCGGGGAGAUCGGCCAGCUGGUGCCGCUGCUGCCCAACCCCUGCUCCCCCAUCAGCGCCACCCGCUGGCAGACGGAGGAUCUGGACGGGAACAAGAUCCUCUUCCAGGUGAAGGGCUGUGUUCAGGCCCAGCGGCCCUGCGUCUCUGCCUUCCCUCUGACCUCCGCCAGCCUGCCCACCUCCAGAGCGGGCGUCCCGAGACACUCCAGCGUGUCUGCGGGCCUCUCCCCCAGUGGCAGGCUGGCGCAGCUGAGAGACAGCCGGGUGACUCUGGGCCGGAUGCGGGCCGAGUGUGGGCCGGAGCAGCGCUGCUCCUCGUACGCCCCGCUGAACAUCGGGGGCGGGGAGAGCGUGGGCUCGGACAGCUGCUGCAGCACCCCGCCCGGCAGCUCCUGCUACUCGUCCCAGCGCAGCAGCCCCGCGCCCCCCCCUUCCCACCCCCCCGGGUCGGCACAGCCCCCCUCCUCUUCCUCCUCCCUGUCUUUCCUGCUCCUGGAGGAGGAGGAGGAGGAGGAAGAGGAGGAGCCGGAGACCAACGUGGACACGGGCUGCGCCGUAGUGCCUUCACGGGCCGAGAGACCCGCCGCCGUCGGGGCCUCCGCACUGGAGACGCUGGCCAGGGAGCUGAGCCGCUGCCUGCCCGACCCACACACAGCGGCGCCGGGCACUGCCAGGACGUGGGCGCCCGGGUCUCCAGCUGGCACAGAGCAGAGGGCAGAGGUCACUGCGACGUCUCUGGGAAUGUGCAGGAGUACCAACAAAACCGCAGACAUCAGGGCCCCAAAGGAGAGGACAGCCGGGGGGGAACCGGGUCCAACUCCGGGUCAGAACCACACGCAGCAGGCUGAUGAGUUCUUCAUCUGACCUGGCUGGACCUGUCUGAUUGAUGUAGGGUCGUCCUCUUUGGGCCUCACAGUAGGUCUCUCCUCAGACCCGCAGCUCAGCCAGUGCCAGUGAAGGAGAGGGUGGAAUAUGGAUAUCUGUGAAGCCAGUUUGGUCAGAUUGUUAAUUCUGUACCCAAACACUGCAAUCUGAAGCCAGAUGUGUCAGCGAGAGGGACACUAGCGCAUAAGAGACCUGACCUCACUGCUCCACCUCCUCCUCCUCCUCCUCCUCCUCCUCCUCCUCCUCCUCCUUCUCCUGCCCUGGCUCCAGCACGCAUGGCAGAUAUGUGACUAUAAGUGUUGAUUACAUGACGGCAGCAGGAGC